UUUCUUUCACAAUGACAGACGAAUCAUGGUACGGCCGGAACCGACAGUCGGUCGUCGAGAUAGACGAAGAGCUGCACGACAUGUUCAAACGACACCCAGAAUGCCAAACGGACGACGAAGGCGAGUUGUCCCUCCCAGCGCAAUAUCUCCCCGACAUCUUCACCACGUUCGAAAACCACUUCGGCUCGCCGAUCCUGAACGACGACGAAAUGGCGCAAUUCGACCACAUCAUCCAGGGGUCCUCAGAGGGCAUCACCGUCGGCCCGCAAAUGCUCCUUGCCCUCAUAGCGGCGCGUACCGGCGGUGCUGGUCCUAGCGGUGCCGGUCCUGGUAGUGGUGAGGAAGGAGAAGGAGGUGAAGACGACCGGAGCCCGCCGAGCAGUCCGGAGUUGGAGGAGCGAGAUUUGCGCGAUUUGACGGUGCGCGGACGGUUGGAGCAGCGUGCGCGAGAUUAUCUCGGUGGUGGUGGUGGUGGUGGUGGCUCUGGGUCGUCGCGGUCGUCGAGCCAGGAGUCGAACGGAACGGCCGCCUAUCGCAGUCGUCCUCCCAGCCGGAGCGAGCCGCGCACGCCGAACGGCGAUUCCCCGUUCGAUGUGAAGAACCGGCAGCGGACCACGCCACUCAAGGCUGCUCCUUCGAGUUGGACACGACCUGCGCCACCGAGGAGGAGGAGGAGUGAUGCGAGCAGUCAUACGCGUAAUAUGAGCGAUAGCGAGUCUGCGUCGGCGCCACCCAUUUCGUUCAACAGGACCAAAAACCAUUCACGUCGUCCCUCUAACGGCGCUUCUUCCUCCCACCAUUCAGACGACGGUGGCUCAAACAUCAUGUCCCCUCCCCAUUCCCGGCCUCAAUCACGCGUUCAAUCACGCAGCAAUUCAUUCAACGACCCCUUCGAAUCGCCCACCAGCGAACGCAGCAGAGGCUCACCACCCCACGCACUCGACCUCUCCAACGCGACGUACGACUCGUACAACGACGGCGUCAACACGCUGCCCAUGCCCGGUUCGGGCAGCGACGAUUCCGACGACGACGACGACGAUGCGGUCGAGUCUGCGCUGGGGCUCGUGAUGGACCGUAGCUCGAUCACGUCCGUCAUGUCGAUGACGGCGGACGAUAGGAUUGAGCUGAUGGAGAAGGUGAAUAAGGAUCUGGAUAGGAAGUUGAAGGAGGCGGAGGUGACGUUGAUGCGGAAGUUGUCGGAGCACGAGGCGGAGUUGGAGGACAUACAGGUCAGGUUGGAGGAGUCGAAGAGUGAGCUGACGGCGGCGAAGAAGGAGGAGAAGGAGUUGAAGAAUAAGGAGCGUUCGCAUACGCAACAAAUAUCAAUAUUGGAGAGCGAGAUCGCGAAGGUGCACAAGACGCUUGAAGCGGCCCGCAGCUCGUACUCGUCCCUCCAACGACAGUACCAGGAACAACUCGCCCAAUCCGAAGAACUCCGCAACACGAUGAGGCGCAAAGACCAAGAGAUCCACGACUACAAAGCCAUGGCGCAGCUCAACGAAGUCGAAAACGCGAAAUGGGUCAAAGAACAAGCCGCCUGGGAAGACCGCAUCUCCGCGCUCGAGCGCGAGCUCGCCAUCGCGAACGCGGCGCAAGCGACCCUCGAGGAGCAGAAGCACGAGAACAUGAUGCUCAAGGAGACAAUCGAUCGGAUGCGAUUCGAUAUGGACGAGCUGAGGAACGGGAUGAUGAGUGCGGGGGGGAACAGCGGGGUGGCUAGUGCGCGGAAUAGUGUGAUCCAGAGUAAGACGUUGGGGGCGGAGUUGACGAAGAUGAUGGAUAAUCAGUGGGGGAUGAGGGAGGAUAGCGAUGAGGAGGAGGAGACGAGUACGAUGGUGAACGAAGAAGAGGAUGAUUCGGAUACGGAAGGGGAGGAUAUCGUGCAGACGAUUAUCACUCGGACCAAACGGGGUGGAAAGAGCAAGGCAAACCGGGCGAGGUCGACGACCAUCGAGACUUCGAAAGAAUACGCCAACGCAUGGACCCAACAUGAUCCCACUUCCUUCGUCUCCGACAGCUCCACCCAAACCAUCCCCACCCCCACCGUCUCUCUCAGCAUCCAAACCACCCCGCCUCCAUCCACGUCCACGUCUUCCACCCAAACUGACGCUCCCGUCCCUCGUUCGAUGGGCGAGAUGGAGAUCCAAACGGACGAGCCCGAACCCACUCCUCGGUCUCGUUCACCGACGCCAGAGACCGAAGAAUCCAUGGCAUCCUCAUCGACCGUGCAGCCCCCCACACCCAAAGGCAAAUCCCCCGUCCUCCCCGAACACCCAACCGAUCUCCCACCAUCCUACAACCAAGUCACUAGCGGGCCCAUAUUCCAAGACCUCGACCACCUCCUCACCCUCGGCUCAGACGACGACGGUGCCAAUUCCUUCUCCCACGUCACUGAUCCCACUGCACGGAGGGAUCUACGCAUCGCGGCGGAGGUGUUGAAGAAGUAUCAUGCGGGCCUGCAUCUGCCUGUGAAGGAAGUCAAGGCGGGCGUGACGGAGGACGCGAUCGAGGAUUGGAAGUCGUUGAAGGAGGAGUUGGGCGUGGAGUGUUCUGUGAUCGACAAGCUGCUCGAGAUAUCGCCUCGGACGGAGAGUUCGAGGUCUUCGUCGUCCAAAGAACCCGGUCGACGACGGAGCAGGUUCUACAACAUCUACAACACCUACGUCUACGGCAAACACGACGCCUCCGACCCUUCCUCUUCCUCCUUCCCCUCCUCCCCUUCGUCUGGAUUCGGCGCAGCGUCGGUGAUAUCGCAUGUGCUGAUCGGGAUGACCGCGUCGGCGGCGAUGUUGGUGCUCAUGAGCCCGUUCUUGAACCAGCAGUAUGUCGUGCCUGGCGGUCCGACGUAUUACGAUCGCGCGGCGUGGACGAGCUUCAAUUCGAUGCAUGUGAGCGGGGAGGGGUUCGCGAAUGAGGGGACGACGGCGGUUUGGCAUUUCCUUGGCCGGUUGGGUGGUGGUGCGGCGAGGAUUGCGAGGGGGUGGCCGACUUGAACCGGCUUUGUGUAUGAUUCCUUUUCAUCAUCGGUCUCGGCUUAUUCGGUUCUACGGUUCUAUUUGGGUUUUUAUUGACUUAGAAUGAAUGGAUUCUGGACGGUGACGGCGACUUUUGAGGUCAUUCAUUAUUUUCGUUAUUUAAUUUAUGCCCUUAUUCGUUGCCCAGAUACCCACUCCAUUAAUCCCUUCCUUCAUCCAUCCCCCUGCUGCUGCCCCCUUCUCCAUCUCCCUUUCCACCCUCUCCAUCUCCCUUUCCCCCUCUCACCAUCCUCCCCUCUCGCAUCUACGCUAUCGCCGAUACUCUACCCGCCCCUAAUUUAUACAUUAGUCAACCAACCACGUUUUCAUGUCUAUGCAUCUCAUCCUUCCCUCCAUGCCUUCGCCACGCCACGAGCCACGAUACUCACACACGCACACACCCCACCACUCAUCCGAUAUCGCUCGGCGCUCUGGCAGAAGGCUGAGCUACCAUACAUACAUUUCGACUUUGGUUCGAUUGAUGCUUCUUGAUGCUCAUAUGUUCUUUUACCUAUGUUUUUCUCCGUUUUCUUUCGUUCACCCACGAUUCCCACCUUCCACCUCUUUGGGGUGAAUAUCCCAAUAUCCCAAUGCUGAUAUGGCUCGGAUUUCCUUUUACAUAUGCCUCUGACCUCUGAUCUUACCCCUAUGCCUUUUCUUUCUUCGUUUCGUUCUCCUGUGCUUUGCUAUUGCUUGCUUGCUUGUCCGCUUGCUCGCACUCACUCACGCUUUUCUCUUGAUUAAGUAUUUACUCGUCCCUUUCCAUGCAUCUCGUUUCUCUCUUCGUCGAUUAUUUAAUAGUUUUCAAGUACUUGUACCUCCAUCAUCAUCGUGGCUUGCAUUCUGGCAUUCUGCUUACACCGUCGCUUCGUUGUUGAGAAGUUGCAGUAUAUAACGACCUCCAUACGAUUUUCUUUCUCUCUCCUCUUUUCCCUCACUUUCUGCCUUUCUGUUAUUCUUUCAACUUUC